AUGGCGCAUUCGGUGGACGCGCUGCCCAAGCAGCAGCUUGUUGAUCAGCUGCCCAAGCGCUUCAACGGCAUCAAGUUUGGCAUUCAGUCUAAUCAGAACAUCGCAAACCAAGCCGUCGUCGAAGUCUCCGACAGGCUGCUGUACGACAUCGAGAACAACCGCGCGCCGUAUCGCAACGGCCCCCUCGACCCUCGAUUGGGCACGUCGAGCAAAUUCGCCAAAUGCAUCACCUGCCACGAGUCGCUCCAAAACUGCAUCGGGCAUUUUGGCUACGUCAGGCUUCCGCUGCCGAUAUUUCAUAUUGGUUAUUUGCGAUUCGUCAUCACUAUUCUACAGAACAUCUGCAAAAGCUGCGGUCGCGUUUUACUAGACGAGUCUGAUCGACAAGCCUUCUUGAAAGACCUACGGCGCCCUCAUCUCGAUAACCUGCGCAGAAACCAAAUUUGCAAGAGGAUAAACGAACAAUGCCGCAAGGCUAAGCAGUGUCUUUACUGUGGCUCUGUCAAUGGCCAAAUCCGCAAAGUCGGCGUGCUCAAACUUGUCCAUGAUAAAUUCUCUUCCUACAACCGGUCUACCGCCGCUAAAAAAGUACCACCGGAAAGCAAGAUCAAGUUUGAUGAGUCUUUUGCUGAAGCUCGCCGUCAAACGCCCGACCUGGACAAGCAUCUACGCAAGGCCAUGGAGGACCUGAACCCUCUUCGAGUCUUUAACCUAUUCAAGUCCAUCGGCCCGGUAGACUGCGAACUGCUUGGCUUAAACCCCACAGAGGGUCGGCCCGAGAUGUUUAUCUGGCAAUACCUCCCGGCUCCGCCUGUCUGCAUACGACCUUCUGUCGCGCAGGAAAAUGCGAGCAAUGAGGACGAUCUAACUACUAAACUUGCUGACAUCGUGUGGGUUAGUGGUAUGAUUCGCUCUGCAUUGCAAAAGGGCUCUUCGAUUCAGACCAUCAUGGAACAGUGGGAAUAUCUACAGACGCAAGUAGCCAUGUAUGUCAAUAGCGACGUGCCAGGCCUCCAGCAGGCCGGGUUUGGGAAAACCAUUCGAGGACUUUGCCAGCGCCUCAAGGGCAAACAAGGGCGUUUCCGAGGAAAUCUCUCGGGAAAACGAGUCGACUUCUCCGGCCGAACAGUCAUCUCCCCCGAUCCAAACCUUAGCAUCGAUGAAGUGGCAGUCCCUCAACUGGUUGCGAAAAACAUGACCUAUCCAGAAAAGGUUCAGCGGCAAAACAUGGAAAAACUGCGGACGUGCAUCAGGAACGGCCCAAGCGUCUGGCCGGGGGCUCAGUGCGUCAUAAAAUCGGGCGACGGAGGCUACAAAAUAUCUCUCAAGUUUGCCGACGCGGAAAUGGUCGCCCGCGAGCUCACCAUUGGCGACGUUGUUGAGCGCCAUCUCGAGGAUGGCGACAUUGUCUUGUUCAAUCGACAACCAUCGCUUCACAAGCUGAGCAUCAUGAGCCACUUUGUCAAGGUUCGGCCGUGGAGGACGUUCCGACUCAACGAAUGCGUGUGCAACCCAUACAAUGCCGAUUUUGACGGGGACGAGAUGAAUUUGCAUGUUCCCCAAACGGAAGAGGCGCGCGCCGAGGCAAUGACUCUAAUGGGUGUCCGGCACAACUUGAUUACUCCCAAGAGCGGCGAGCCCAUCAUUGCAGCGACCCAGGACUUCAUCACCGCUGCCUUCUUGCUCAGCAGCAAGGACCGUUUCUUUGAUCGCAAGACGUUCACAUCCAUCUGCAUGCACAUGCUGCAGGGCCAUACGCAUCUCGACGUCCCGCCACCAGCGGUUCUUGCGCCAAGAGCGCUAUGGACGGGCAAGCAAGUGUUUAACGUGCUGAUGCGGCCAAACAAGCAGUCGCCAGUCAUGAUCAACGUUGAUGCCAAAUGCAAAGGCUUCACAAACCGUCCAGGGCAGUGCCCCGAUCUGGACCCCAACGACGGAUGGCUCGUGAUUCGCAACUCCGAGAUUAUGUGCGGGCAAAUGGACAAGUCGACCGUGGGAGCGGGAAAGAAGGACUCGAUUUUCUACGUCAUGCUCCGCGACUACGGCCCGAAUGAGACUGUUGCCGCGAUGAACCGCCUAGCGAAGCUGUGCGCUCGAUAUCUCACCAGCCAAGGGUUUUCCAUUGGCGUCGGCGAUGUCUUCCCAACCGACCGGCUAAACCAGGAGAAGGAGAGCCUCGUCUCCAGGGCAUACAAGCAAUGCGAUGACAUCAUCACCACGUUCAAGUCGGGAAAGCUGGAAAAGGCUCCGGGCUGCAACAUGGAAGAGACUCUGGAGAACUCCAUCUCUGGUGUGCUUAGCAAGGUCAGACAACAGGCUGGUCAGCACUGCAUCGACACGCUCAGUCGCAACAACGCCCCGUUGAUCAUGGCCAAGUCGGGGUCAAAGGGAUCCGACAUCAACGUCGCUCAGAUGGUCGCUCUCGUCGGGCAGCAGAUCAUCAGCGGGCAAAGAGUACCUGACGGCUUCCAGGAUCGAACACUGCCGCAUUUUCACAAGAACGCCCGCCAGCCCGACUCGAAGGGCUUUGUCAAAAAUAGCUUCUACUCAGGGCUCCUUCCGACCGAGUUUUUGUUUCACGCCAUCUCGGGCCGUGAGGGUCUCGUCGACACCGCUGUCAAGACCGCAGAGACUGGGUACAUGUCACGAAGACUGAUGAAAUCUUUGGAGGACCUUUCCACCCAGUACGAUGACACCGUUCGCACAUCCGGAGGCACUGUUGUGCAGUUUCAGUUUGGAGCCGACAAGCUUGACCCUGCAGACAUGGAAGGUCCUGGCACGCCGGUUCACUUUCAGCGGACCUGGACCCAUGCUGAAAGCCUCACCUUGAGCAACGAGGAAUCGUCGCUGACGCCACAAGAAAUCCAAGCCCUUUGCAGCUCCAUGCUGGAGAUGGAGCGCAAGCGAUUUUCCCGCAAGGGCCUUUUGCGGAACGAACCCCUCGACUAUGAAGAUGGCAGCGACUACGCCAUUGACGAGCACGAAGGUGGACGCAUGUUUCUCCGAGCCAUCGAAAGCUACAUCGACGGCUUGUCUUCGAAGCUGAGAAAAGUGCAGGCAUUGGCAGGCUUUGAAGAUGGCAAUAAUGACUCGAUCCGCAAAGCAGCUGCCCUGGACCACAUCAACCGGACGGCCAAAGUGGCGGCUUCCACUGUCCGGCUCUUUAUCAGGCUGUGCCUGCAAAAGUUCAAAAAGGCCCACGUCGAGCCCGGCCAUCCCGUGGGCGCCGUCGGCGCCCAGUCCAUCGGCGAGCCAGGCACCCAGAUGACGCUGAAAACCUUUCACUUUGCCGGUGUGGCCGGCAUGAGCAUCACACAGGGUGUGCCCCGUAUCAACGAGAUUAUCAACGCCUCCAAGAACAUCAGCACGCCGGUCAUAACCUGUCCCCUUUUGAACGACCAGCAGAUCGAGGCGGCAAAGGUCGUCAAGGCCAGGAUUGAGAAGACGUAUCUAUCUGAUAUCCUGCAGUACGCCGAGCUGGAAUGGAACUCUGACGGCGGGCAUAUCAUGCUGCAAGUUGACCACGACGUGCUUGCGUCUCUGCACCUGGGCAUCGGCAUGUUUGACAUUGCGCAGGCGAUUUGCAACCAAAAGAAACUAAAGAUACCGGCCGAAGACCUCAGCGUGGACAGGGCGAGGAUCAUCAUUCGCAUCAGGGAAUCCGCCGACGGACCUGGCAAGCAAAGCGCCAGAAGCAAAUCAACAGCCGACGAAUCGGUCGACAUGCUGAUCAGGGCCAACUUCCUGCGCCGACAACUCCCGUCCGUGUCCAUCUCGGGCUAUCCGGAAGCGACUCGAGCCCUGAUUGAAACCACCGAGGAGAACACCCACAGGGUCUUGGUGGAAGGCCAGGGCCUCCGGGCGUGCAUGACGACAGAAGGCGUGGUUGGCACGAGAACCCGGACGAACAGCGUCAUGGAGUGCGGCCAGGUGCUGGGGAUCGAGGCGGCGAGAACGACGAUUGCGGACGAAAUCGCCGAGGUCAUGGGCUACAUGGGCAUCGACCCGCGGCACAUGCAGCUACUGGCCGACGUGAUGACGUACAAGGGGGAGGUGCUGGGAAUCACGCGGUUUGGCCUGUCCAAGACGAGGGACAGCGUUUUGCACCUGGCGUCGUUUGAGAAGACGGCGGAUCACCUGUUCGACGCCGUGGCCGGCAUGAAGACGGACCAGCUGGAAGGGGUUUCCGAGUCCAUCAUCCUGGGACAGACAAUGACGAUUGGCACCGGCUCGUUCAACGUGGUGCGGCGGCUAGGAAUCCGACCGCACGACUUGCACCACAAGCCGACCUUGUUUGAGGAUGGGUGGAGGGCGGAGCAAAAGUUUAGGAAAGGCCGCGGCAAGGCGUGA